AUGCAUCUUGUUUUCUCUAUGAAAGAUUUAGGCAAUUUGUCCUAUUUUCUUGGCAUUUCUGUUCACAUCUCUGAUACACAUUAUUUCCUUUCUCAACAUAAAUAUGCUCAAGAGAUCAUUCACAAAGCUGGGAUGGAUGAUUGUAAGCCUUGCCCAUCUCCUAUUUCUGUUAAACCUGGUCUCUCCCCUACUUCUGACCUUCCUUUUGCUAAUCCAUCGCUCUAUCGUACUCUUGUUGGGUCUUUACAAUACUUAACAAUAACCCGUCCUGAUCUCUCUUUGGCUGUCAACCAAGCUUGUCAGCACAUGCAUGCCCCAACCAAUGGUGAUUUUGCUGCUAUUAAACGAUUGCUUCGUUUUGUUCAGGGUACCCUCUCUCAUGGUCUUACCUAUACCCCAAGCACUUUUGAUCUUCAUGUUUUUUCUGAUUCCAAUUGGGCCGGUGACACUCUUGAUCGUAAGUCCACCUCUGGGUAUUGUGUGUUUUUGGGUGCCAAUCUCAUUUCUUGGUCUGCCAAGAAACAGGCCACUGUUUCUCGUUCCUCCACCGAGGCUGAAUAUCGGGCUUUAGCCCAUGCUGCUGCUGAAGUUAGUUGGCUCCGUAUGUUACUUGCUGACUUGUUUGUCUUUUCUCCUACUAUACCUGUGAUCUGGUGCGAUAAUCUGUCUGCUCUUGCUCUGGCUUCCAACCCGGUGUUUCAUUCCCGGUCCAAGCAUAUAGAAGUUGAUUGCCAUUUUGUUCGGGAACAAGUGCUUGCUAAACGGCUGUCUCUUCAUUAUGUUCCCACCAUUGAUCAGUUGGCCGACAUUUUUACCAAACCGUUGGCUGUCUCUCGGUUCCAGUAUCUUAAAGACAAACUCAUGGUGUCUUCCCCCAUGUGUUUGCAAGGGCCUGUUAAAGCAACCUCUAUUGCAGCAGCUAGUUAG